AUGAGGAAGAGAACAACUAAGAGAUCAUCCAAGGCGGAGCUCCUCGAAUCAACACCGUUGAACAAUGCGGCAGCGAGGAGCUCCACCUUGUCACCACGGGAAUCUCCUGUGGAGCAGUUUGAGUUCAAUCUCAAUGGAUUCACCACCUCAACCACCAAACUGACAUCAUCGAAGAAGAAAAGUUGCAAAAACAGCUGUGCAGGUGCAUCCGCCUCCAAGAUGAAGCAGCCUACUGGAAUUGCGGCACCCUCGCUGAAAAGCGUGAGCACAAUUUCUGAUCUGAAGGAUCUGGCCUCUACUAAACUGGAAUCCAUCAAGUGCAUGCUGGAUUCGUCACACUCUGAGAUUGUGAAGGAUAUGGAAGCAUCACAGUUCCGUCUGCAGAAACGCCUUAAGGUCUCCAACAUUCUGCGUAAUGCAAAAAUAUGGCGCGUAUAUACAUGCAUGAUUGUGUGUGUUUAG